AUGGCGUUGAGUAGACAACUCGACCUAAAUGCUCCCGCUAGUGACUUCGAGUGGAAUCGGUGGGCGACAAAUAAAAGCUUGAUGUUCGUAUGGAGAGCAAUGGAGGAGAGAAUACCGACGACUACGGCCCUGAAAAAUAGAGGUUUAAACAUCCCAGACGUAACAUGUGGGAUAUGUGGGGCUGCAGAAGAGACGGCAACGCACAUACUCAUACAAUGCAAUUUUGCUAAAAGAACUUGGGAAGCAGUGGCUGAUUGGCUGCAUAUUCCACUGUUAAACACGGAGGGUGACAUCAAAGAUCUACUAGUGGAGUUGAAAGAGUUACAAAGAUGCAAGAACGAGAAAAGAGCAAUACACGCGGUCGCGAUCCAAACGAUGUGGAUACUAUGGAAGAACAGGAACGGGAAGAUCUUCUCAAAUAAACAAGAUGAUGUUCAAAGAAUAAUGAUGGAGAUUAAAGAAGCUUCGUACCAAGGUGUGAAAACGAGAUCAAAGUUCAGAUUGGUAUCAAGGCAAGAGUGGUGGGAUUUUAAUUUAUCAAUGUAA